AUGUCGGCCAUAAGUGCUAGGUGGCUGUAUGUCGGUUGGGGAGCUGUUACCUUCGAGACCAAUUACGGCCUCAUGCAGCUAUCUCCUCCAGAGAUUAAGGAAAAAUUACUGCGGGCAUUGGACAAGGACUAUAAUGUUGUGGACAUGGUUACCGUGUUGGAGAUUGUGUCCAUUUUGGAAAAAACAAAUAUUACAAAGGAAGCCCUUGAGACCACAAGACUGGGAAAAUAUAUCAAUGAGCUACGGAGAAAAACUUCAAAUGAUGCAUUGGCCAAAAGAGCAAAAGAUCUGGUGCGCAGAUGGCGUGACAUGAUUCUCCCACAGACGGAAGCUGCACCACCUCAGCACAAUGGGUCGGCUCGUUUGGGAGCAACGAGUCGAGGUGGAACAGCUCCACUCCGACCAGGUGUCAUAUCACCAGCCAUGUCUAUUCCUAGUUCAACCACCAGUCCUGCUCUUUCACAACCAAGCAGGGUUGAUGCAGUGCCUAAAACACAUGCUGCCAAUAAACGCCUGCGAAAAGAGACUCUGUCUCCAACUGAAAAACCUCCGGCCAAAGUACCUAGAGUCAAUGGUACGUCUUUCAGGCCGGAUAUUGGAGAAUGUAGUCGUGAUUCUAGUGAUCGAGCUUCGGACGGCUGUGAGAUUGUUUCUGUAGUCACGAGGACCGAUGACCGACUGCCUGAAACCAGGAAAAAAGGUCGUAAAAAGGGGUCGAAAAACCAUAGCGCAUUAGGAAAAGAAAUUAGUCAAGCUAAGUCUAGUGAUGAUAUAGUUAAAGAAAAAAUAGCUUCAAUUGCGAGAACUCCACGUGUUAAAACAACUCAAGAGUUACUAGCAGACCUCAAGUCUAAGACUGAUGGGACGUUACCCACAGAUAUCCAAAUGAACCUGGUGAACUGUGUACUCCCUGGCUCUGACGAGUUGACUCGGAACAAGACCGAGCACAUUGCAAAGUUCCUUAGGUCUCAAGCAGAAAAUGAUGAUUCCUUAGAUGUGAAACCGUCUCAAGAUGAGCUUAGGCCGUGUACAGACUCACUUCCUUCGCACUCUACUGUCGGGCCUGCACAAUCCUCUUGUACCUCAUCUACUGUACCUCCCUCUCCAGCUCCUGAAGAAUCUACCGAACGUACUGUUGAGGAGAUUCUUGCAAGGUUACCCCCACUGGACUUGGAAGCGAUCCAGUGGGAAGAAUCACAAAGUCCCCCAGUGUCGCCUCCACCCCCCAGAGAAGUUACACAGGACGAUGUGCUCAGAUUACAUAAUGAACAUAUAGAGUGUUUAAAUGGUUGUACUGAUCAUUCUGGUUUAAAAACAAGCAAGGGUGAAGAAGGUUUUAGUGAGUGGCAUGAAGUUGUGUCUAGAACGUCUUACAAUGGAGAAUUGUUACAUAUACUGCCUUAUGUGGUCAUUGACUAAACAGAAUGUUGUUAUCAUGUGAUUGUGUUCCAUUAGAGUUUGUUGAAAGUGUUGUUAAGUGUGUGAUUCAAGUAUGAGGUGGAAAAUGAGGAAUGAUUUGAUUUCUAUAUACCGUAAGUAUGGUCUCAAAUUUUCAAAUUGACAUAUGAAGAAGCAACAACCUUUUAUAGGACAUAAGGAUUUUACAUGCCAACAAUUUUAAGAUUCCAUCCCUGAGAAACAUUGACAAAAUUAACUAUUUUGAUUAAACCUAUUUUAUUAUUAUUUCAAAACCAUGCAAAAUAGAUCAAUUCUUAAAGAAAGUAUUUUGGAAGGUUAAUAUUUUCAUUUGUCCAGUUUUAAAUCAAGGCCUACUUCUGUUGUGUUUGGUUUCUUUACAACAUGAAGAACUUUUCGUUACCAUUCUAUUUUUGUAGUAACUUAUUUUAAUGGUUAAUAUUGUAGAUGUAAAAAAAUCCUCUGUACAUUAACAUUUUGUUAAAAAUAUUGUUUGUAAUUAUUACAUCUACUUGCUUAUUAUGUUGUAUUAAUUUAUUAUUUUUCACUUGUUGUUUGUUGGAGGUUUCAUAUUCUAUUGUUUUAUUUUACUCCAUUUGACUUCUUUCUUCUUUCUUGUGUUUGUUGUUUAUAAGUCGUGUGUGAAAAACAAUCUUUGAUACCUAGCCUAUUAUUUUGAAUUAUAUACAUUACUGUAAUAUUAAACAAGUAAGUUAUUUUUAAUUGACAGUGUUUCCUAGUAUGGCAGUAUUUGUAGAAAAUUGAUACUGUAAUGUUUUGUACGCUUCAAAAAUAGAGUAGUACUAAGUUGUUAUAAUUGACCUCUAAAUCUUUAAUCAUCCUUCAUUUUUUUAUAGGAUUAAAAAAAAUUGCUUUCAUACUUGUGAAGACUGAUGAUCAAGAUAAUAUAAUUAUCUGCAUCACUAUUGAUAAUUAAUUUAAAAUUUUAUAUUAGUUGUUUGAUUUUCUUACAAAUCCAAACACAAGCUAUCUGUCACUAAAUUGUUAUUUUUUUUAUUUAAAAAUAUUGCUUUUGUGGUAAAAUUAACAUUACUGUCCAUAGCCUCUUUUCAAUAUGUUUUAAAUACAAUCUGAACUGUAUCAAAUGUAAACAUGGAUUAAAAUUGAUGAUUAGAAGCUCUAUGAUUAGGAGAAAAAUUUUCUUACAAAAGUUUUACCAUUUCAAAAAUUUAAUUAUUUUGAGUCAUGUAAAAGAUUUUGUACAAAAAUGUAUAAUAGUUGAAUAUUUAUAAUUUUAGUUUGAUGCGAUUGACACUAUUGUUUGUGAAGUUAUUGAUUCUUAAUUUAAACUUUGAUGAUAGUCUGACAUUAAUUCAAAGGUCUUAAAUUGGUUUGGAUUAAUAAAUUAUACUGUACUGAAAUACAUUAAAACACUUUUUAUAUUUACUGAAAUAGUAAUAUAGUUUAUUAGGCUAUUAUACUGAUUUUAUUUCAAUCCAAUAUUUGGUACAGUAGUAGAUGUGUUCAUUGCCAAUGUUGUGAGCCUGAAUGCUCUGUAACACAUGAUAUUAUUAUGUAAUAUAAUAAUACAAGUACUUAUUAAAUUUGUUUGUUCACAAUUGUAAAAUAUCAGUAGAAUUAUUUAUUAAAAAUGAAGUAGCAAUUUAUUUAAAAUUAACUUAAAACAUUAACAUGUUAUAACUAAAAGAACUAAGAGAAAUCCUUGAUUGUUUAUUUUUUUCUUCGUUAUAGUCAUGUUUGUACAUGUUCAUGAUGGAAACAUGUACAAUGAUUCUUAAAUUAAAAAUUAAAUAAAUUUAAUCCUAAACUUUUGAUUGAGAAUUAUAAACAAGUGUAAAAUAUUAUUACUUCAACAGGCAUUAUUAAUUUUGCUGCCUAAAAGUUGAACUGUUUCAUUAUAGUUCAGUUGAUAAUUAAAACUAGCGUUCUUAAUUAAUUAAAAUAAUUAUAUAUCACAAGUUCAAAUGUAAAUUCUUAAAUUGAAUAAAUUUGACUAGUUCAAGUUAUUGCAGAGGAUAUUAUAAUUAUUUAUUAGCCUAUACAUAUAGUAAAAUUUUCAAGAUUAAGCCAAAGAACGAAUUAAAAUGAUUAUAUAUUAAUUACUUAUUUAUUAUAGAAUUUGUUUCCAGCUUAAGUAAAACUUUUAAAUUGUAAUAGUCUGUAUUCAUCAGUCUGGUCAAGGUAACAAAAAUAAUAAUAUUAUAUUAUUUUAAAAAGUUAUUUGAACAAUUCCUUGCUAAUAUAUUAUUAUCCUAAAUCAACACCCUAACCCCAGUAAAUUUGCAGAAAGUACAGUUGUGAUCUGUUUUGAUUUUUUUCAAUCCUCUGUUUUUUUAAGGAUUUAAUUAACUUGAACUUUUAUAAGACAUUAAGAGUUAAUGAUGUAAUUGUUUAGUUUAGAUAGAAAAAGUCGGUUUACAUAUUUUAACAGUCUUUUUUCCAUAGAAAUAAAACUUAAAAUACUCUACUUUCAUGAACUUACUAUUCAGUUCAAAAAUAAAGAUUAGUUACAAUGCCAAAAAAUUCACCAAAAUACAAAACUAAUACUUAAAAGUACUAUUAAUGCGCAUUUCUAGAAAUUGUGUUCGCAUAUUUGAGAACAAAUCAGGCAUUGCCAAAUCAAGAUGUAAAGAAUUUCCUGUUGUACAUGCGUUUCCAUUCAAUCACUGGAGUUUUUGGUCCAAACUGAUUGAAUUGUAUGAUCAUACUUACAUCUGAAAACUUCCUUGACAUCUCUCACUAUAGAAAUGAAUGAUUAUAAAUAUUUUUCAGUAUAUAGUCCAGAAGAAAAUCCUGACUAGAUUACACACAUGCUCAGAGUAAUCAAUGGUAUUUGUUAUUCAGUAUCUUGCAUUUUAAUCCCAUUAAGAAAUUUUAAAGGUUUCUUCAUUUAAACCUUCAUUAUGUUCUAUAUUUUAUAUUUUUUGUACAUUAUCCAGAAGAUUAUUUCAGUUGUAAAGUAAAAUGUACUGUAAUAGGCUCCAUGAGUUUCACUCUUCCUUCUGGUUAAGUAAACAAUCACAUCACAAAAUCCAUUAGUGCCAUUGCUGUAAAUAACAUCACACUCUCAAUUCUGAAUCAAAAUUAUUUUUCAGUAUUGUAUGUAUUCAGUAAAAUCUUGUUCAUCUUAAAAUAAAGUCAUGAUAAAAACAUAACCUUCAUGCUAAAUUAUUUUUAAAAACUGCUACAAUACAAUAGAAACAAACAAAUAUGUUAGUACUACAAAAAAACUUUUAAAUAUAUAGAAAUACUUAAGAUUCAUUCAAACAUGUGUAAUGUUAAAAAUUUACCAUCCCUUUUAUUUAUUUAUUGUUCCUUCAGUUUAACAUUUUAGGAAUUCAUUUGAAAGAAGUCCUUGUUAAAGACGGCUUGAUUGUAUGUAGCAUAAUGAUUAAUUAAUUAAUGUUUCAUAAUUUACAAAACUAUACUUUCAACACUCAACAAAUUGUUUUAAUUUUAAUUUUGAAAAACAUAUAAUACUCUAUAUAUUUUAGUAUUAAAAUUGUACAAGUUAUACGUAUAUUCUAAAAAAAUGUCAUACAAUGAGGUAAGUUUUGAAUAUUUUAUUAGUAAAAUAGCAAGAUUUUUUAAUAAAACAAAAUUAUUAAAUGUUAAACUCGAACUCUUUGGUUUAAACAUAAACUAAUCAUAUGUUGUACAUUAAUAAAUUUAUAUUUGGAUAAUCUUUUUAAAUAUUAGAGCAGAACUUGUACAUGUGAUAGUGUGUUUUAGACAUUUCUUAUACAAAAAUAUAAUUUUCUCUGUCAAUCCAAAAUGGAAAAUUACAUUAAUUUAUAGUUCCAGAGUAAUUUAUUUUAAACAUAGGUACAGUUACUUUUGAAUUGAUAUACGAGUACAGCUUAAAAGUUCAAUAUUAACUUCUAAAAAAAAAAAAAAAAACUAAAAUUAAACCACAGUAUUUGAGGACAGGUUAGAGAAACUGAAUGAAGUGCACUUAUCACCAAAUAUGACAAGUAUGACAUGAUGUAGACUUGAAUGUUGGUCAUUUAUAACUUUGAUGUUUUAUAACUAGUUCAGAAAAAUAUUUGAAUUUUCAUGUAUCAAAUAUUUUAUUGAUUUCAUUAACUGAGUUUUUAGUAAUGUUUAUUCAAGUGGCUUUAAUAUUAAAUGUGCUAGGUUAUAUUUCUACAAUUUCUUAAAUACUUGUAAAUUACUGAUUAGAAGAAUUUUAGUUACUAUGAAUCUAGUAAAAUCUAGAAUAAUAGAAUACAUUUUUGUUUCAAAUGGUUUAUGUUGUAUUGUUGAGUGAGGCAUUUGUGAUGGUAUCAUUUUGAUAACUGGUCUAAAUUAGGUUGUGGACACAAACUCCACUGUAUUAUUUUUACUUUUCUUAUGUAUAUAUUAUGGGGAAAUGACCUUUAUUGUUACUGACUGCUUAACAUUAAUCAAAGAUUUUCUUAAAAAUAAAAUUUUAUUUCCAACAAAAUCUUAUUUUUUAUGACAUUUAAAUAUAACAUAUUAUUUAUGUAUGUAAAUGAAUUCUCUAUUUAGAAUUAGAGAAAGGGUACAAUAAACUACUUUCAAUUUAAUUAAGCUGUUGGUAGGAAUAAAGGACAUUUAGAUUCAUGUUGCUGUUCAUUUCAGUUAAUUAAUGAAGGUGGUAAAUCUUUAUUAGUUGGUAAAUUUUUGUUAUUAUUGUGAGUGGCAGCUGUAGUUUAGUGUUAUACACUGUUUUUGUUAACUGAAGACCUAACUUGAGAUGUUGGUAACUGGUGCAAAUUGUGACAUUGUUAUGUUGUGCAAAUUUUGAACUCUUUAUUGAAAGAAAAUUCAUUAAGGUUUGUCUACCAAACUCCCUGAAUACAGUAAAAAUAGUAAAAGAAACCAUAAUUUAAAACAGAGUUAACUGUACCACCAUGGGAGUGCUUUAAACUCUCAGAGAUGCAACAAACCAUGUUCUAUACUACUUAAAACCUGUGUAUUUUAAAUCUAAAAAUUUCUCAGUAUAAUUAUUAACUUAAAAAUAUCAAAUGUAAAUACGUGAACAUUUCUAAUACAGUUUUAUUUCCUUGAAAAUUAAAACUUUUACAUUUGAGCAGUUGUCCAGUUCUUUUAUUUAAAACUUGUCAAUGUACGGUUUUUACUGUUGAUGUAUUUAGUUUAAGAAUGAUUUGGUUAAGUUUUAAAUUUGAACAGAUUGAACUUUAUGAACAGAUACAAAUAUUUGUAAUUACUAUAAGCAGUUCAAUUCAAUAAAAAGAGCUAAUAGAAUUUUGGAGUACAUGCCCAUAAGACACAGAAACUUCUUUGUUGUUGUUUCAGUGAAAACAUGUCAGGAUAAUUUCACUAAAUAAUGACAUUUCUCUUACAAUUUCUUUCUUUAUUUGGAAGCUGACAGUCAGUAGCAGAAUUGAAUAUAUAUUUAAUAAUCAAAUAGUAGCCUGUGGCAUUUUAGUUGUACUUUUAAGAUUCAGUACUUUAGGCAUCAGCAUUACAAUUUUGUUAUGUUUCUGUGAUCAUUUAAGGAAAAUUGUGGAGUAAAACAAUUGACAGGUCUUAUGUUAGUAUUAGAUAAUUUUAUAUUCAAUGCAGAUUUCGAUGGUAUAUUAUAAACAGUGAUAAAAUUUAAAUUUUUCAAGUCAUGUUUAUCAGUUAGAACUAAAUAACAAAUAGGUGCUGAAAAGAAAAAUAUUAAUAAAACUGCUGUAUUAGUAUAAAACCCCUAUAGGUUAAACUUUUCAAAUAAGCUUAUACCUAUGUUAAAAUAAAAAUAACUUCUAGUGUUAUAUAAAAUGUAUUUUUCGUGCAGAUUAAACAUAUAUACAUAUAUAAUAUAUGUAUAUAUAUCCUUUAAAUUUCAAUGGUGUUACAGUUGUAUAAAACUUACCCUGUUCUAAAUGAUAACAUCAUCCUAAAUGAUAACAUCAUAAUUUGCUCCAGCAACCAUUCGUCCUCAAAACAAGUAUUAUUCUGUUAAAUUAUUCUAUAACUUUAUCUAACAAUCUCAAGUAAUAACAUAUUCAUUUAUUUAGUUAAUGAUUGUUAUCAAAAGAAAACUCAAUUAGCUUCACUGUUUAAUUCUUACAAAUUUAUUUUAUUUUAUUCACCAAACAAUUUUGAUUUUUUACAUAGUUGUACUUAUAAACAUUGUAUUAUAACUGCAAGGAGCACAAAUAUGGGUUUGAUUCUGGAUUUAUUUAUUUAAGAUCUGGUAUCCUUCCAAAUGUCCACAAAUUGUAGUUACGUAUUGUGUAUUAACACUCAGGCGUCAUAGGUGAAUAUUUUUCUCAAAAUCUGCCACAGAUGCCUUUAAUACUCUAGGAUAUAGAUUCCUGGUGUGCUGUGGUUGAAAGUAACGGUAUUAUAAUAAUAUUUUACUAUUGAAAUCAACUCCUUUGAAUAAUAAAUCAUAUCGUACAUAGCAUCAUUCUUUUUCAAUGGAACUAUAAAAUUCAGUAUAAUAAUUGAUUUGAGAUUAAAAUUUUUAAACAUAUUUGUAUGUGAGUAUUGCCUUUAAAGAAUUGAGUAUUAAAAUACUUGUGCCAAAACAGAUUUUAGAUCUUAACAAGAAUGUGUAUAUGUUAAUCAAUUAUAAAAAUAUAUUUUUGUCGUUUGGCUAAUUUUUGUUUGCUUCUGAAUUUUAUUAACUGAUGAACAGGUGCAAGAACCUCUGGUGCUUUUUCAAUCAAUGAUAUUUCAUGCAGGGGUUAAAGGGUAGAAUCUUGUAAAAAGUGUAUAGGUAUAAAUAGAGCUUAGCAAUCAAAGAAUUGGUCAACGUUCUAGUCUUGUUACUUCUUCAUAUGGCCACUUGAUAAAGGUAAUCCCUGUGCCUUCUCCACCCCAUCCCCGAGCCAGUGGCCUUCAACCCACAUUGUGUAUUUGUUGUCAACAUUUGUUAGUCUGCUUUCCAAAGAAAUGGUUAAGUUUUUGUUUAUACAGAAAAAUUGCAAUAAACAGAAUGUUCAUGGAAAGCUGCCUUAUAUUAAUUUUAGGCUUCUCAUUUCUUGUACAAAGCUAUUAUUUAAUUAUUGUUGAGUCAGUUAAUAGAGGCCAUCGCUUCACUUUGGUUUUAAUAUAAUGCAUCAAAAUAGUUGUGAAUUUUGAAGCAUGUUAUAAUGCUAAAGAAAUUUGUACAUAUACAUUAAUAAUACAAUUAUAUUUUAUGAUUUGUUUCAUUUUGUACUGUACAUUAUAAACCAUUAGUCUCAUGUAUGAUUCAUGAAGACGAUAAAGUGAUUAUAUAGAUUUU